AUGGCAGUCCCUCGCGACCCAAACUUCUGGAAACGCUUCAGCAUGGCAGUACAUCAAGACGAAGAAGCACAAGUAGAUGACCAAAAAUCAGAAACCUGGCUCAUAACCACCCGCCGCAAAAAACGCCAUUCAUAUGCCCGUUUCUGCUGCACCUUCUGGAUCCUCCUCUUCGCCAUCAUAGCAAUCGUCGUCGUUGUCUUUCUAAUACUCAUAAAGACACACACAUUGCAAAAGAUACACAUAGGUGGUGAAGGACAUAAAGUCGAUGUCGAUUUGGAUGGCUGGUUGGAAAAGUUGUUCAAUACUGGUGGUGGAGAUAAGAGUAAGGAAGGUGGAGGGAGUUGA